AAACUCUAUGGUCAGACCGCAGACGUCAAAACUAUUAACCUAACAUUUUAAUACAAGUACUCCUCUUGUAACUUGUAACGUUUGGUUUGAAUAAACAUAAACAAGAAGAAAUAGAAGGAACCAAAACAUUGAAAUAAAUUGCAUUGUUCACACUGAAACAUGAUUUAAUAGAACUCAAAAAUGUAUCCUUCAUUUAUAGCUGUGCACUGUGGUGCAGGAGUUCAUAGCUCAGAGUAUCAUUCAGUAUACAAUAGAUUGUGUAAACAGGCAUGUCUAAAAGGAAUGGAAUCAAUGAAAAAUGGUGGAUCAGCUUUAGAAGCAGUAAGAGAUGCUAUAAUAUUGCUAGAAAAUCACCCUAGGGCAAAUUGCGGCUUUGGGUCAAAUUUAACAAUGAAUGGUGAAGUAGAAAACGAUGCAUCAAUAAUGAAUGGGAAGACGUUAUUAUAUGGAGGCUGUGGGGCUGUUAAAAGACUGAAAAAUCCUAUACAAUUAGCAUAUGAUCUUUGUAUAAAACAAACACAAGCAAAUGUUUUGGGCCUAAUUCCUCCAUCACUUUUGGUAGGAAGUGGAGCUUUAAGCUACGCAAGAAGUAUUGGUCUGAAAACAGUUAGUAAUAAUGCUUUGAUAAGCUCUCAUUCAGCGUCAAGGCAUAGAAAAUAUCAUGAUUUGUAUAAGGAGUCAUGUAGAACCGAAGAACAAAAUUUAUUGUUUGAUACUGUAGGAGCCGUUUGCAUGGACUCGAGUGGCAAUUUUGCCGCUGCUAGUAGCUCUGGAGGAAUUAUACUGAAAAAGUCUGGUAGAGUUGGACAAGGUGCCCUUUAUGCCAGCGGAACUUGGGCAGAUAGCAGUAAUAAAGAAACAGAACCGUCAAUCGCAGUUUGUACAAGUGGUUGUGGUGAAUAUUUAGUCAGAACCCAAUUAGCCAAAGAAGUUGCCGACGAUUUGAAAGCGACUGAAUGCCCCACAACUGGUCUAUACAAAUCAUUAACAGAAAAAUUUAUGGAAUCAAAGUUCUUACAAAAUGUGGAUCAAAAGUUAUGUGGUGUUCUUGUGUUAAUCAAGAAGAAUGAUGAAGUGUCAUUUUUGUGGGGACAUAGUUCAGAAACAAUGAGUAUUGGUUAUAUGAAGAGUGAUCAGACAAAACCGUCAGCUUUUAUUUCGGAAUUACCUGUUCGAUCAAGAGUUGGUAGAAUUGUGAAUGUGGGUGGACAUCAUUAUUCAGUUGCUCAAGAUACACAAUAAGUUGGAAGAAUAUUGUUAUUUUCAUUAGAAUUUGUUUUGUUUACACAAGAAAAAGUCAAUUAUUCGGUUUAAUGAAAUACGUAAUACCUUUUCAAUUUUAAUUUGUUAUCUUUUAUCCCAAAAUCCACAUAUUACUGCCCUUUUGUAUUAAGCAUAAAAAGAAGUGAAUAUUUUUGGAAAAAGUAAAAUGGAAGGACAGCCAAAACACAACUGGCAUUAUUGACUUCACAAGAAUAUAUAAACGAUGUUUUUUUGUGUAGUGAUAUAUUUUCAUGUAAAUAGUAAACUUAUUUUUUUAUUUCAUUGUACACAUUAUAUUCUUUAGAUUAAUUAGUUUGAUGUUAGAAUUCAA